AUGGCAUCAUAUCCAUACGACUAUGAAAAUGUCUUUGAUCAGGAUUAUUUAGUGGAUGAUGCCCUGAUAGAAGAUAUUUGGGCACAAGAUGAAUUUACAGAACUUCAUUCAGUAGCUUCAAAUAAAAUGCGAAUAACAGAAGAAGGAAAAAAUGAAAAUCAUGAAGAACGAGAAGCAUUUACAUUACAUAUAAAGAAAAAUGAUGAAAGUAAUAUUCAACCGUAUCUCGAAAUAUCAUCAAAAAACUUAACUGAAUCACAUGUUCAAUAUGCCCUUGGGUUUGACAAAAAUAGCAGAACAAGUAAUCCUGGUAAAGAAUCAGAAACAAAACAACUACAAAGGAAUGUUAAGCUCUUUAAUGAUCUCCCAUCUGCGAAGCAUGAAGCGCUUAAAACAUUUGAGGAACAUUUUUAUAAUAUUUAUCAUUCCAAAGACCUAGGAGAAUCAGGACAAGAUGAAAUUAUGACAUGUGAGUGUAAAUCUGAAUGGGACGGAACAAAAAACCACGCAUGUGGUAAAAAUUCAGAUUGUAUUAAUAGAAUGACAUCUGUGGAAUGCACUGAUGACUGUAAUUGUGGAGAGGAUUGUCAAAAUCGGAGAUUUAAGCUAAAACAGUAUUCAAAUAUUGAUGUUAUUAAAACAAAAAAAAAAGGCUAUGGUAUAAGAGCAAAUUCUGAUAUGGAGUCCGGUCAAUUUAUCUAUGAAUAUGUAGGAGAGGUAAUAGACGAAAGAAAAUUUCGAAAAAGAAUGAAAAUAUAUGCCAAUGAAGACAUUAAACAUUUUUAUUUUAUGAUGCUUCAAAGAGGUGAAUAUAUUGAUGCUACCAAAAAAGGGGGGCUUGCAAGAUUUUUAAAUCACUCAUGCUCCCCUAAUUGUUAUGUAGAUAAAUGGGUUGUAGGAACAAAAUUACGCAUGGGUAUUUUUUGUAAACGUAAUAUAUUAAAAGGUGAAGAGUUAACUUUUGAUUAUAACGUCGAUCGAUACGGAAAUACAGCACAGCCAUGUUACUGUGAGGAGCCUGGAUGUAUUGGAUUUAUUGGAGGAAAAACCCAGACUGAAUUAGAUUCAAAAAUACCUCAAAAUAUACUAGAAGGCAUAAAAGCAUCCCUAGGUUUUGAAGAUUUAGACUUUUGGGAUUUUUCAUCAAAAAAAAUUCGAAAAAAGAAAAAAGGAGAAACAGAUGAAGAAUAUUAUAAUUCUUUACAAUCUAACCCUGUAGAUGAAAAUGGUGUAACUAAGAUAAUGAGUGCCCUUCUCCAAUGUAAAGAGCGUUGGAUUAUUAAUAAACUUUUAUUAAGAAUUCAUUCUAAUAAUGAUCCUAUUAUUCAAAGAAGAGUAAUGAAAAUGCAUGGAUAUCAAAUUCUUGGCUCUGUUCUUCGUGAUUGGCAAGGCGAUUUUGAUAUUUCUAAUAUGAUCCUUAAUAUUCUUUUGAAAUGGCCAAGGAUUACAAAAAAUAAAAUCUCUAGCUCUAAAAUAGAAACUACUGUUCAAACUUUAGCGUCUCAUGAAAAUGCAGAAUUAAGAAGAAUGGCUCAAGAACUUAUCAAAGAAUGGGGGAAUCUGUCGAUAGCUUAUCGAAUUCCAAAAAAAGCAAAAACACAGCCAAUAGAAACUGUUUACUCCCAAUCAGAAAAUACUGAUAGUGAUUCAAAAUCAUAUCAGUCCCCGGAUUCCCAGAAUAGCCCAAUUUCUAAUGAACAAUAUUACCGUUUUUCUAAAUUCAAAAAUUAUGAUAACUACCAUACAAAUAAAGGAUCAUCAUUUCGAAGCGAAAGAUUUUGGAAACCUGACAUACGAUAUUCAGAUGAUCCAGAUAUACGAGGAUCCAGAUCAUGGGUUCCACGUACUAUUGAAGGAAAUUCUCGUAUUUUACCUCCAGGUUGGGCAGUUGCAAAGACUCAAGAUGGAAAGACAUACUAUUACAGUGGAGAUAAAGUGCAAUGGGAGUUUCCUCUUGAAACACUGCCACCGCCACCACCGCCUCCACCACCAUCAUCAUCUAAUAAUACGUCUCUUGAUUUACAAAGAAUUAUCGAUGAAGCCAAUGCAGAAUUAAUGGAACGACAACAUAGUAUUUCUAAACAUGAUUCUAAAAACAAUAAAAACAAUAUAAAUAAAGAUAGAAGUUAUAAGCAUUCAUCUAGCAAAAGCGAAAAAGGAAAAAUUUCUAUAGAAAAAAUACUAAUAAAAACAUUUGCUAAAUAUGUACCAAAUGUAAUUGCAAAAUUCCAGGAUCAACUUGGGAAAGACGAAUUCAAGAAGCGGGCCAAAGAAAUUGUAGAAAUACUUGUUAAAAAAGAAAUGCGACCGGGACAUGAAAUAAAGAGUAUAUAUGAACUCAGCAAUACAAAAAAGAAAAAAAUUAAAGAAUUUAGUCAAACAUAUAUAGAAAAAGUUAUUAAUAGAAAAAAAGAAAAAAAUACAAAAGAAAAAAAUACACAAAAAACAACUAAAUCACAUAAACAAGAAAUUUCAAAUGGAUUUAAGAGUAUUUCUAAUGAAUACCAUUCAGCAAUUUCAAAAAAUAGACAUGAUUAA